CCGGUACAUAUUGAACAGUGGGUCAAAUCUUGGACAACUCGAGCUAAGUAAUAGCAAAGUAAGAGUACUGGUUUUCAUGUACUCUUGGUAGUAGUAGUUGCGAUUGAGUCUUGCUUUGCAGCUUGGCGAUGGAUGCUACGACUCCUUGAAUGGCGUGCGUCGGCUCUGUGAACGUAGUUGCGUAGACCAGGAUAACACUGUCUGAUAAUGGCAGAUUAUGCCCAUUUUAAAAAUUUCCUCUAUGCUUGGUGUGGCAAGCAAAACAUCAAGCCGGAGUAUCUAUUUGAGUCUGAAGGUGAUCCACAUCAGCUGACAUUUUAUUGUGAGCUGAGGCUCAAUGGGUUUGAUUACGUAAGUUGUGGAGAGGCAAAGAACAAAAAAGAGGCCCAGGGCCUUGCUGCGAAACAGUUUCUGGAGUACCUUGUGCAAGGAGGUCAGGUUUGCGCUGAUGCACUAAGUGCUGAUGAUGGCAGAGCACUGUUGCAAAGUCAUCCACAGCAGCAGCAGCAGCAGCAACAUCGACAUGGUGGGCUGCCGCCUCCAGCUCCUGCACAGAGGUAUUCUGACCAACCAGCUCCUUCAGACCAGAAGCACUAUGAUGAUCAGGCACUUACUAGCGGGCGGCAGGGUAAUCAUCAUGGAGGCAAUGUAGCCACAGCACAUGUACAUAGUGGCUACAGUCAGGGCCAGCAAGGAGGUGGUCAUCCUGAACCAGCAGCUAAGCGCCCAUAUUUAGGUGGAGCUUCUGUUCAGUUUCCAUCCGGCACCCGUAUACCACAGCCCAUCGCUACAUCAAUGGCGCCUCCUGUGUCAACCAAGAGAGAUGAUGCAUUGCAACAGUCUCUGGAGAAAACUUUCCAAUAUCAAGACGAGACUGCUACGGAGGCACAGUCACAUGGUAGCUGGACUCUGGAGAAUGCCAAGGGUAGGCUUUGUGCCUUUCUACAGCAGACUAAGCAGAGCAAGGAGAUCAGAAUCACCACAGAAGGACCUGCUCACUGCAGGCGGUUCAAAGCUGAGCUUACAAUAGAUGUCCCCCGCCUUCGUCGCACCAUCAGUGCCUGUGAACUAGCCAACAGUAAGAAACAGGCUGGAAAUUCCUGUGCCUUGUCCCUUGUUCGUCAGCUUUUUCACAUGGGUGCUAUUGAUAGCAGUAAAGCGCCAGUGAAAAAGCUUUGUGAUCAGAUGAAGCCAACAGUUGUUGAUAUUCCAGCUGAGCUUCAAGCUGAUAUUCGCGAUCAUUUAGCUCAGUUGAACUUUCCCAUAGCUACACCAACAGCUGAUGGUGAAGUAACUCGUAUCAUUGCGCCAGAAAGCAGCAUGGGAGCACCACGUGGUGACAGAGAUGGUGUCGUGAUAUGGGAGCCACCUACCAUCGGCUUUAAUCCCUGGACUGGACGUCAAGAUGAAAGUUUACAAGAGAAGUUGGCCAUGUCAACGCCAGAUCUUGUUGGUCAAGCGCUCAGUGAUGAUCUUUAUCAACGCCAACAGCAAGCACAAGCUUCAGACCCAGCUUUGCAGGAGCGGAUUAGUAAGCGUCAAGAACUACCUAUUGCCAAUGUAGCCGUUGACAUUCUGCAGGCCAUACGUUCAAACCGUGUCGUCAUUGUGCGAGGUGCAACUGGCUGUGGUAAAACAACGCAGUUGCCCCAGUUCAUUCUGGAUGAUGCCAUUGCAUCAGGUCGUGGAGCUCACUGCAAUAUCAUUGUCACGCAGCCACGUCGUAUCAGUGCUGUAUCUGUGUCGGAACGUGUUGCCUUCGAACGAAAUGAGCGCCUUGGGGAAAGUGCUGGAUACAGCGUUCGCUUUGACUCCAACUUGCCCAGAUCUUAUGGCAGUCUGUUUUUUUGCACUGUUGGUGUGCUGCUGCGCAAGUUGGAAACAGGAAUUCGUGGAAUUUCACAUGUUGUUGUAGAUGAGAUUCAUGAACGUGAUUUGAAUACUGACUUCCUGCUGGUAGUUCUACGUGACAUGAUGAUUGCCUACCCUGCUCUUCGAAUUGUCCUCAUGUCUGCCACUAUCGACACGUCUCUGUUUUCUCGCUACUUCGACAACUGUCCCAUUCUGGAAGUGCAAGGAAAGACCUUUCCUGUGUCACGGUAUUACAUGGAAGACACAGUAGAGUUGCUCCGAUUCAUGCCCCCUCCAUCGGAUAGAAAGAAGAAAGGAUCCAGUCGUGAUGAUCCUGAUGAUGAGGAAGUUGAGGAAAACAUGAACUUGGUCAUUGAUCGCAGCUCCUAUUCAGCCCAAACUCAACAAGCAAUGGCAGCUCUUAGUGAGCGUGAAAUUUCCUUUGAACUGAUUGAAGCUUUGCUCACGUACUUCUCAACCUUAGAAGACAAAGGUGCUGUUCUCAUCUUUCUGCCCGGCUGGAACUUGAUUUUUGCCAUGCACCGGCAUUUGAGCCAACACCCUACAUUUGGUGGUCGGAACUAUCGCUUGUUGCCAUUGCAUUCACAAAUUCCUCGUGAAGAUCAGCAUCGUGUCUUCAUGCCAGUACCACCUGGUGUCACUAAGGUCAUCUUGUCAACAAACAUUGCUGAAAGUAGCAUUACGAUAGAUGAUGUAGUCUUCGUCAUCGACUGCUGCAAGCAGAAGCAAAAGGUGUUCACAUCGCACAAUAACAUGACCAACUAUGCUACGGUCUGGGCAUCUAGGACCAACCUCGAGCAACGUGCUGGUCGUGCUGGUCGUGUACGCGAAGGCUAUUGCUUUCAUAUGUGCAGCAGAGCACGUUUUUCAAACCUGCCCCAGCAUGCAACGCCGGAAAUACUACGCACACCAUUGCAUGAGCUGGCCCUAAGCAUAAAGCUGCUCCGUCUUGGUGAAGUCUCUCCCUUUCUGUCGAAAGCUCUUGAGCCACCUCCUGCUGACACGGUUGAAGAGGCUGUAACUUUGCUGAGAGAAAUGGAUGCUUUGGAUAGCCAGCACUCUCUAACUCCGCUUGGUGCAAUCUUGGCUCGUCUUCCUAUUGAUCCGCGACUUGGAAGGAUGCUAAUUCUGGGCUGUUUGUUCCAGUGUGGCGAUGCAUUGACUACAAUAGCAGCAAGUACCUGCUUCCCAGAACCUUUCAUUACGCCAUCUGAUCGACGUCGCUUAGGUUGGGUUCACAAGAACCUUGCUGGAGAUCGGCAUAGUGAUCAUGUGGCAUUGCUUGCUGCUUACCAAGGAUGGGAAGAAGCGAGCAUGUCAGAUGAGGGUGAACAAGCUGAGAUUGGUUACUGUGAUGCCAAGUCCUUGCAGUUACAGACUUUGAGAAUGACAUCUGAGGCCAAGUACCAGCUCCGUGAACUCUUGCUGGGCUGUGGAUUUCCUGAAGACUGCCUGAAGCCACAUCCAUUUUCUGUGUAUGGAGCAGAUCACUACCUUGAUAUGGUUAUUGCUCUGCUCGUGACUGGACUCUACCCGAAUGUUUGUGUUCACAAAGAGAAAAGAAAGGUGUGGACACCCGGAGACCGUAUGGCCUUGAUUCACAAGUCAUCUGUCAACUGCUCCAACCAGGACGUUACGUUUCCAUCACCUUACUUUGUCUUUGGAGAGAAGCUUCGUACACGUGCCGUCGCCGCGAAACAAAUGACAAUGAUCUCACCACUGCACCUAUUGCUGUUUGGAUGUCGCAUUGCCGAUGCUGGGUCUGAGUCUGUUUCUCUGGAUGAAUGGAUCCGGCUUGGUUUGCCAUUCAGUACUGCAGCUCUAAUUGCUGCUUUGAGAAAGUCCAUGGAUGGUGUCCUAUUCCGUGUUGCUGGCAACCCGUCAGUUGCUUUGAAUUUGGAAGAAGCGGAUAAGAAGACUGUCGACCUUGUGCAGGCACUGGCUGGUGAUGUAGCUAGAAAGCAAGUGGCCCACUCUGAGGCAUACAAACAAGCUUCAUCUGCACCUGCACCGAUGCCAAGCCGUGGUGGUUUCCGUCCUGGCUAUCGACCAAGGUACGCUCGCCGUGGUCAAGGUGGUGCUGGUGGUGGUUAUGGUGGUGCUGGUGGUUAUGGUGGUGCUGGUGGUGGUUAUGGUGGUGCUGGUGCUGGUGGUUAUCGCGGUGGUGGUGCUUAUCGCGGUGGUGGUGCUGGUGGUGGUUAUCGCGGUGGUGGGAGAUGGUAGGCGCAAGCUGCUCACUGCAGCUUUUUGCUGCGCACUGAUAUAGCGUUAGCUUCUUUUCCCUUAUCAGAUUUCGCAUGUGGAGUUCAGUGUUCAUUUCUCUGUUUUGAGGCAAUGCAUGUGGCUUUCAUAUCUUGCAUCACCUAGUAUAUCUAUUACUAUUAGGUUGAUAUUGAUACACAGUGAAUGCUGUGCAUGCAUGUAUUGUGUGCAUACUAUGCUCAUUGUGUACACUAUUGCCGUACAGUGUCCAUGCUGUGUUUGUGUGUGUGUGUGUGUGUGUGUGUGUGUGUGUGUGUGUGUGUGUGUGUGUGUGUGUGUGUGUGUGUGUGUGUGUGUGUGUGUGUGUGGGUGUGGGUGUGGGUGUGUGUUUGUGCGUGGGUGUGUUUGUGCGUGGGUGUGGGUGUGUUCUGUGGACACAGCUGCAUAAUAUAUUCUAGUACGGAUCUUAUUCUACAGUGCUAUGUGUUUCAUUUCUUCUGCUUAUGUGGACGGUGAUGUGUUGUAAAUACUGUCUAGCAUAUCAAUGCAUCUUCUGCUGCUAUUUUUCUUUCUUCUUGGCUGUGUCAUUUCCCGUCGUCUGUAGUUAUUUUCUUCGCUGCUCAUUGCUUUGCAUGUCUAACAGCCAAUACAAUGUGCUGAAUUAAUACAAGCAACAGCAGCAGCGUGUGUGAACUUGCAUGCAGCAGCAAGUUUUGUUGAUUCAGCGAAUGACGCCGGCAAGAGUCCGUAAACAAGAGUAUGCAACUGUGAUCUAUUUUCUAUGGGCCAGAUGUGCAGCGCGCUGCCUUCAUUACAUCAUCCAGCUGCAGUUCGCGCACUGCGGAGAAUCAAACUCCGCACUUUCCUUCUGGUUUGAAAUGAAUUUUUGUACGGAGCUGGUGGGUUCCAAAAAACUUCAA